CCCACCUAUCCACCGUGAAGGGCGUUGCCUGCACGCACACAAACCAAAACACCCACACCACACACCAAAACAAAACAACGCCAAGGCCGCCGCUAAGGUCGAAGCAAACCGCACCCCUUAUCCGCCGCUCCUGCAUCAUGGCGCCCCCACCAUGGCUCUUUGGCACCAUCACCAAGGACCAGGCCUCAACGCUGUUGAUGCAUGAUGGCGCGUAUCCGACCGGCCGCUUCCUCGUGCGUCGGCGCCCUGGAUCAGAGGAUGACUACGUAUUGUCCCUCAACUUUAAGAACCGUCCCACACACCACCUCAUCAAGAAGACGGAGAGCGGUGUCUUGACGGUGAACAAACAAGACUUUGGCGGCUUCACGACGCUGGAGCAGAUUAUUUCCAAGCUCUCCAGCGACAGCCUGCCGCCAAAGUGGCCAGUGAAGCUCACAGAUGCCGUGGAAAACAAGGCAAACAACCCCGAGCAGACACCAGCAGAUCCAGAGCCGGCACAUCCGUCGGCGGACGCAGCAGCGCCAGCACCAGAGCAAGACACGCCUGUGAUUGCGAGCCAGCCUGCAGCACCAGCCACAACCACAGGAAGCGCAAGUGAUGACGCGCACCCGUGGAUGCACCCGCCCAUGACCAAGGGCGAAGCUGAUGCCCUGGUAAAGAAGCACGGCAUGAAGGAGGGCACGUUCCUCGUGCGCCCACGCGGUGCAGCGCAUCCAAACGAGUAUGUGCUCACCGUGGUGUACAAGGGCAAGUCAACCCACCACCUCCUCAAGCAAGCCGACAAGCAGAGCACCUUCACCGUCAACGGAAACGUGAUGCCAGACUGCAUGCGCAUCGAGCAGGUUAUUGCUGGUCUGCGCAGCACGAAAAAGUUCUGGCCCGUGCCCCUUCAAGAUCACGUACCUCCCUCGUCAGACACGGGUGGGGCGGGUGCUGAGCGCGAUGCAGAGCUGCGUGCAGCGGAGGAUGGGCGGCGACGGGAGCGCGAGCAGCAGCGUAUGCGCGAGGAGGAGGAGAGGAAGAAGAGAGAAGCCGAGGAGGCCGAACGGCGCAGAAGGGAACAACAGCAGGAGGAGGAGCAAGCGAGAAAGAAGAGGGAGGAGGAGGAAGCAGCCCGCCGUCGUGCUGAAGAGGAGGAAGAGAGGAAGAAGAAGGAAGAGGAGGAACGCCGCAAGCGACAAGAAGAAGAGGAAGAGAGGGCACGCCGUGAACGCGAAGAACAGGAAAGGGAGGAAGAGGAGCGUCGUCGGCGCCAGAAGAUUGAGGAGGAGGAACGCGCCGCCCAGGAAGAGAUGCACGGGCGAACAAAGAGCGAGCUACAGGAGCGAGCGCGUGCACAGGCCCGCGCACAGUCCCGACGCGGCGACAACCCUCUCGCGGCUGCCUCGCACGGACACAACGAGAGCCGGGCGAGCGAGUCUGAAUCGCGCCUGGAGCCGGACCGCGGCCGCCGCUGGGAAAAUGGAGAUCAGUUUGAUGUGCACGUGUGCCGGACCAACCCCACAGUGCCCUUUGGCUUUGGCAUUGCAACCAUGUGGCGCAUCGACGGGCGUGUGAAGUGCGUGAGCUGGGUUGACCCAGAGGGGCCCGCCAGCGGUGCACUCGAGGUUGAAGACAUCAUCGUCGCCAUGGACGGCGAGGUGAACAAGCGCCAGGCUGCGCACGAUCGGAUCCAGCUUGUCAUGGGCCCACGUGCUCGCCCUUACGAGGGCCACUCUGCUGUGUAAUUGCUUUCGUUCGUGGCGCGAAGCGUUCAUCAUUCCUGUCACACCUUUCUGUGAGCCCUUGCUUUGUUUCUUUGUUUGUUUUUGUGCUGAGGAUGGCUGACAUGUUCGUAGCGUAUGUUUGUUGUACUGGUGCGGUGGACAUAUGGGAAGAGGCCAUUUGCUUGCUUGCAUUGUCUUCGUGUUGUCUCCUCUCGUCUCUCACGGCUGUUAUCAAUCUCCCUCACAAUAACAAACCCUCUCAUAAGAGA